UGGACACGGACUGACCUGACUGUCCAGAGAGGACAGGCUCAGUGACCACAGCCUGGCCAUAGACACUGGACACAGACUGACCUGACUGAAUGUGGAAGAAUGUAUUGAGUUGUGCUGCGUAUGUGAAGCUCUGUGCGCUAAUAAAAGUGAAGAGCUCCUGUUUACUCAGUUAAGUCACGGUGAAUGUAAAUGGCUGGUUUUGCGGGCAUCUGUUUCAGCUUAUGUUCUUGCUGUUGUGCUCUGUGAGCUGUGUGGCUGGGCGAAGUGUGUGUUCAAGCACUCCUCCCCGUCUGCCCCUGCAGCAGCUGAAGCACGUGAACCUGGUCAAUCUGCUUGAGGUCUUCCGCAGGAAGAGGCGGCUCCACCUGGUCUUUGAGUUCUGUGAGCAGACGGUGCUGACGGAGCUGGACCGACACCCCCACGGGGUCCCGGAGCCUCAGGUGAAGAGUAUCGUGUGGCAAACCCUGCAGGCUGUCAACUUCUGUCACAAGCACAACUGUAUCCACCGAGACGUGAAGCCGGAGAACAUCCUGCUGACCAAGGGUGGUGUCAUCAAGCUGUGUGACUUUGGAUUCGCCAGGAUCCUCACCGGUCCAGGCGAUGACUACACCGACGCCUCAGGAGACCUCCAGAAGGACCCACUGUGUGUGUCUGACCCUACACCCCCAGGUGACCUCAUCCCACGGCACCAGCAGGUCUUCCGGUCCAAUGUGUUCUUCAGUGGAGUCAGCAUCCCGGAGCCCGACACCACGGAGCCCCUGGAGAAGCGGUACCACAGUGCGUCUCCUCAGGCCCUGGCUGUGCUCAAGUCGUGCCUGGUGAUGGACCCGGCGCUCCGCCUGACCUGCGAGGAGCUGCUGGAGCUGCCGUACUUCGAGAGCCAGGGCGGCGAGGAAGAGGGGGGCGCGGGACGAAGGCAGGAAAGGGGCACCCGUCGCAGGGCCCCGGGGCACCUGCCCCAGCUGCCUGGCAAUAACCACUCCCCUGCCCCUGAGGUGAAGAAACAGGUCAAGCACAAGUACGACCACCACCUGCCCAACAUCUGAGGCCGAGUCAGUCUGUGAGUAUGAGUGUGUACGUGGGACGAGUGUGAGACUGUUUGCAUGUGUGUGUCUGUGUGUCUGUUCCCAGCUGAUUCUCUGCUUGAUGAGCUGCUGAGAAACCAUCUGAGUCCCAUCUUCGCUCCGAGCCCACGUGUGCAGCCGGUGACUCUUUUCCUGCACACCUUACAAAGGCCGGAGACUGUGGGAGUUUUGGCUGCUGGCCUCCUGUUGGUAACUUGUGUUCCAGCGUCAGUGGGGGAGGAGCGGAGUUGUGCCCACCUCCAGUGAGUGGAGGUGCUUGACUUGGGCGGCAGCCUCCGUCCUAGAAGAUGCUGUACGGGGAAGGGUCUAGUGCUGGCCUGCUCUGUCUCGUGGCCCCUGGCCCUGCUCAGACGUACUCGGACAUCGGUCGAGCUGGCCCUCACUCUGCUGUAGGGCACCGCGGAGCUCGCGGCGCGGGCCAGGAGCAAGCGUUUUGGAGGAAAGCAGGUCCUGCCUCUGUCGUGUCCCUCGGGCCGGGACGCAACGCGGGCCGUAAGGGCAGGCCCGGUCCACCAGCAGGAAGCGGUUCUGAAGUGGGAAGGGUGGACAAUGAGGAAGAACUGGUUCCAGAUUGUAGAAAAAACAGGAGACUUUCUGAAGUACAGCAGUCAAAGCCUUGUAGCACUUCAGUGCACAGAAGAGUGAGAAGCACACAGCGACAGGGGACCUUGCAAGGUAGCGUUCUGGACUGUCAGAAGAGGUCCAGGAAUAGAGAACCGGGCUACCAGGCCUCCACUGCUGUGGAUCUGCUGUGCUGUAUCAGUUUACUACUUGUCUUACUCUUCAAUAAUAUAGAAAUUUCUCAGUUCUUACACUGGAAUUUCUGUAGAAUCCAGAUUCUGUAGAAUCCAGUAUGUUCUUACAUUAGGUGGUAAGACAGGAGAAAGCUUUUAAAUGUAUAUAAUAUGUUUUAUAUAUGAUGUGAUGUACUGUAUAAUUGUCAAUAGUUAUAUAUGUAAAAAAUGUAUAUAGCAGUGUUAACACAUGGCAGAUUCUGCAAUAAAGAAUCCAUUUCUUCUG